CCCUUGGCCGGCGAUCCCCGGGCGGGGGAGGCGCGGCCAUGGCUGCGCCCUGAGGAGCGGCGGUCCUGUCGGUACAGCAGUUCUUCACUUUCACCUAAAAUGGCCAAGCAAAAUUCUCCAUCUCUGGUUGAAGUUGUAAAAGAAGUUGCAGAGCGGCAGCAUUCACAGGCGUCAGAGAUAGAAAAAAGCAAAACAGUUCUUUUCCAAUUGCAGGCAAAGUUUCAGGAACUAGAAAAAGAAAUGAAUUCUAUUCUGUUAGAAACAAAGACAACAGAAAAGGAAAUACAUCUGCAAGAUGAUGCCAUAGAAGUGACAAAAUAUCACUGUGAAAAUCUGGAGGCCCAAGUCAGAGCCCAGUACUGUGAAAAUUUAAAGCUGAGGUGUGAUGCAGAAACAGUGCAAGAAGAGUUUGAGAUGAUACUUGCAAGAAAUAAUGAAUAUCGGGAAAAAAUAAAGAAUCAUAAACAUCGCUUUUGGGAGAUGGAUAAUAAAAUGCCAGUUAUGAUUGAGCUUGCUAAAAAGAAGGCUAUUGUUGAAGAAUUAAAGACAAAGAAAGAGGAGUUAAUGCGUGAUCUCCAGAAUCCAGAAGGAUCUGUUAUAAAACAAGUGCAGGAAGAAAUUACACUUUUAAAAAGUGAAAUCACAACAUUGAAAGAUUUCAUCAAUCAAAAAACAGAUCUGCUGGAAGUAGAGAAAAAAAAGCAUGCUAAGCUUAGAAAGGAAAUUGAGGUACAGAAUAAAAGAUAUGAUGCUAUUUUAAAACGUUUGCAUUGCCAACUGAACAAAGUCCAUUCAAAUAAAAGACAAUGGCACUGGAACAUUCAGCAGUUGGAGAAGAAGGCAACAGAACUAAGGAAGUGUCUUGGAGUAGUGGAGUUACAAAAUACCAUGUAACAAACAUAACAAAGCUAGAAUGUAGGUAAUCUUUUCCAGGCAGGGAAGAUUUUUUCCUGGAAAUACUACAACUCUUAAAUAGCAUGGUAGCUGAGCCAGACCUCAUUGAUUUCUUUCUUUUUAAAGUUUUCUGCACUUUCAUUUUCUGGACUAAACUAAAAUUUUUUUUUGUUUGGUUGGGCUUUUUCAGUUUUGGG